CAAUCCAAGAUAACAGCAAAAACAGCCUACUCAGGUUGUCAAACUCAGCCGUCAGUUUCCAGCAGAGUGACAUCAUGGCUACAGCAUCAGUGUCAGACUUUCUGAAACCUGUGAAGCGGAGAAGCAGCAUUGAAUGGCUGCCACCUUAUAUGUCUGAGCUGAGAGUUGUUCUGCUGGGGAACAGCUGGACUGAGAGGAGUUCAGUGGGGAACUUGAUACUGGGAAAGAAUCAGUUCAAUCUUUGGAAAGCACCAGACCACUGUGUGAAAGUCAGAGGACAGUUAAAAGAGAAAGCAAUAGUUGUCAUCAACACUCCAGAUCUGCUGCAUCCUAACAUCUCUGAACACAAACUGACAGAACAUGUAGAAAACUGUGUGAGACUCUCUGAUCCUGGACCUCAUGUGUUCCUGCUGGUUCUACAGCCUGAAGACUUCACUGAGGAACACAAAAUGAGACUCUGCAGAGUUCUUGAGAAGUUCAGUGAGCGAUCAUUUGAUCAUUCACUGGUUCUGAUAUCACCACCCAGACAGGAGAGUUCAAGUUCCAGACAAAAAUACAUUGCACAGCCUCCCUUAGAAGGAAUGAUCAUAAAAUGUAGAAACAGAUUUCUGGAGCAGAAGACCCUUGAACGUCCAGAGCUGUUAAAACGUUUGGGUCAAACUGCAAAGGAGAACAAUGGACAGCAUGUGAGCUGUGAUGCAUAUCAGGAUACAUCUACUUUUGCAGGUGACCAUCAAAGACCAAAACAAAAGGAAGCAAAGAUGUUCAUCUCACCAGCUGCUGCUAAAGCGUCUGCAUCUACACUUAGGAUUGUGCUACUGGGAAAAAGUGAUGACAAACAGACACGACUUGGUAACUUCAUCAUCAGGAACCAAAGUUUUCAUUCCCCAACCAGGCGAUGUGUGGCCAUGCCUGGACAGUGGAGAGGAAAACCAUUAACAGUAGUGAACACUCCAGACAUGUUCAGUCUGUCUGAGAAGGAUGUGAGUAGACAGGUGCAGGACUGUGUCAGUUUUUGUCCAAAUGUUCUGCUGCUGUUAGUGAAUCCUUCUGGUUUCACAGAGAAGAAUACACAAACACUCAAGUUCAUCCUGAGUUUGUUUGGUGAAGAUGCUUUGAAGUACUCAAUGGUCAUCCUGACGCAUGAGGGGAGGGAAAUGAGUUCCACUGUCAAUGAACUCCUUCAAAUAUGUGAGGGAAGAAACUACAGCAUGUCUGAAGAUAACCACAGAUCAUUAAUGGAGAGUAUUGAACAAACAGCAAUUAAAAAAAUGACACCAGCUUUAAACGUGGUUCUGUGUGGGAGGAGAGGAGCAGGGAAGACCUCAGCAGCCAAGGCCAUUUUAGGUCAGACAGAGCUUCAUUCAGUCUCCAGCUCAGAGUGUGUUAAACAUCAGGGAGAGGUGUGUAGACGUUGGGUUUCCCUGGUGGAGCUGCCUGCAUUGAAUGAAAAACCUCAGGAGGAAGUGAUGAAGGAAUCAUUAAGCUGUAUCUCCCUCUGUGAUCCUGAGGGCGUCCAUGCCUUCAUCCUGGUCCUUCCUGUGGGUCCCCUCACUGAUGAAGACAAGGAAGAGUUGAAGACCAUCCAGAACACUUUCAGCUCUCGAGUCAAUGACUUCACCAUGAUUCUGUUCACUGUGGACUCAGAUCCUACAGCUACAGCUGUUGAUAACUUUGUAAAGACUAACAAGGACAUCCAGGAGCUCCAUCAGAGCUGUGGAGGAAGACAGUUUGUCCUCAACAUCAGGGACCAGCAGCAGAUCCCACAGCUGUUGGGCAGUUUAGAAAAAAUGAGAUCAAGACCCAACAAAGACAAGCCAAGCUGCUACACAACAAGAACAUUUGCAUGUGCCCAAAUAGAAAAGAUCACCACACUACAGGCUGAAGUGAAGGAGCUGCAAACAAAAGGCACAAUCGGCUGUGAUGAAGAGCAGCAGAACCCAGAGUGUCUCAGGAUUGUGCUGAUAGGGAAGACCGGCUGUGGGAAGAGUUCUUCAGGAAACACCAUUCUAGGAAAAGAGGAGUUCAAAGCUGAAUCAAGUCAAAUAUCAGUUACGAAACUGUGUCAGAAAGUACAGAGUGAAGUGGACGGUCGUCCUGUUGUUGUGGUCGACACUCCUGGUCUGUUUGACACAACUUUGUCUCAUAAAGAGGUUCAUGAGGAGAUGGUGAGAUGCAUCAGUCUUCUGGCUCCAGGACCACAUGUCUUCCUGUUGGUAUUACAAAUUGGCAGAUUUACACCAGAGGAGAAGGAGACAAUGAAACUGAUCAAGGAAGGCUUUGGGAAGAAUGCUGAAAAGUUCACCAUCAUUCUUUUAACUAGAGGAGAUUCACUGGAAGAUGAGAAGACUUCUAUUGAGAAAUACAUUGAAGAAAAAUGUGAUGAUUCCUUCAAGAAACUGAUCGCUGACUGUGGAGGAAGAUACCAUGUGUUUAAUAACCGUGAUAAAGAAAACAAGACACAAGUCAGUGAGCUGGUAACAAAGAUCGACACCAUGGUGAAGGAGAAUGGAGGCAGCUGCUACACCAAUGAGAUGCUGCAAGAGGCCGAGGCAGCGAUACAGAAAGAAGUGGAGAAGAUCCUGAAGGAGAAGGAAGAAGAGAUGCAGAGAGAGAGGGAGGAACUUCAGAGAAAACAUGAGGAACAAAUAAAAGACACAGAGGAGAAACAGAGAGCAGAAAUUGAAAAGGAGAGAAAACUGAGAGAAAAACAACUUGAAGAAAUAGAGGAAAAAAUCAACAAGGAACGUGAGGAAAGAAAGAAAGAACAGGAAAAGAGAAAAGAAGUGGAAGAAAAACAACGACAGGAGUGGGAACAGAAAGUUGAAGCUUUGGAGCAAAAAAUAAGAUCAGAGUCAGAAUCAAAGGAAACUAUAGACAGAAAACUGGAGGAGAGCAGAGAAGAGAUGAGAAAAGAACGAGAUAACUGGGAGAAAACACAGAAAGAAGAGAGGAAGAAACGAGAACAAGAAGAUGAACAGAGACGAAAGGAGGAACAAACAAGACUGAACAAGCUUCAAGAAGAAAAAGAACAGGAGAGAGAAAAAUAUGAAAAAAGAAUCAAAGAGGAGAGAGUCAGAAGAGAAAAGGAGGAAAAGGAGAGAAAAGACUUUGAGGAGAAACAGAGAGCAGAAAUUGAAAAAGAGAGAAAUCUGAGAGAAAAACUACUUGAAGAAAAGGAGGAAAAAAUCAACAAGGAACGUGAGGAAAGAAAGAAAGAACAGGAAGAGAGAGAAGAAGAAGACAGGAAGAGAAAACAACAGGAAGAAAAACAACGACAGGAGUGGGAACAGAAAGUUAAAGCUUUAGAGCAAAAAAUAAGAUCAGAGUCAGAAUCAAAGGACAGAAAACUGGAGGAGAGCAGAGAAGAAAUGAGAAAAGAACGAAAGAACUUGGAGAAAAAACAGAAAGAAGAGAGGAAGAAACGAGAACAAGAAGAUGAACAGAGACAACAGGAGGAACAAACAAGACUGAACAAGCUUCAAGAAGAAUACGAACAGGAG